GGGCAGUGCAUAAGUGGAAGCUCAAAAACUACCCGCUAGCUACAGCGGUAAAGGAAUCGACUCGUUUAUGCUAAUUAGCUUGCGAGCAGUUGUCAGUUAUCGCUCGUAUUACAGAACCGUCUCUCCGUUUUAGAUGCCGUACAUACCGCCUCCGCGUCCCCCUCCUGCUCCCCGGCCGCCAGUUUUUCGGCCGCCUCCUGGACCCAGCAUUCACCAGCAGCAGAUGAGAAUCCAUCAGCAACAGCAACAGCAGUCAAGGCAGCAACAGCAAAUACGACAGUUUCACCAAACUCAGCAGCAGUUUCUGUCCAACCAGCAUCGGAUGCAGUUGGACCGAAACAGACAACAGCAGGUGCAGCAAGUGCAGAGGCAACAGCAGGAGAACUUUAGACGACAGCAGCAACUUCAGCAGGAUAACCUUCAUCGUCAGCAGCAGCUACAUCAAGACCAGCUGAGGCGUCAACAACAGUUUCACCAAGACCAGGCCAGGAGACAGCAGCAGUUGCAACAGAACCACCAGGAGCAACUGAGAAGGCAACAGCAGUUAUUGAGAGGACUGCAGACCAAUUCAGAGUCAACCGGUUCAUCCGUUUUCAUCUCACCAGCUUUCACUUUCGACAUCUCUGGACUUCCUCAAGUCCAAGUUACAGCUCAGGGGCCUGAGGGGGUGAACCUUGACGGAACUGUGGUAAAUACCGGCCCCCUCCCCCCAGACCCAUCGGCCCCUCCAGCUCCAAAUUCCGACCUCCAGGGGGACGGAUUUUACCCGCCCCCCUAUUAUGCAGCACCCCCUCUUGCGCAAUCCCUCCCUCCACAACCAGGUCCCGAGGCACAACCGCUACCCCCCAAAUUGGCUGUGUCUCUACCACCACAGCAACUGAACGGUGGCCCACAUUUCAGGGAAUCUUCUCCUCCAUUCUCGCCCCAACCCGCCCCACCAAAACUACCUCGACAGCAGAACAAGAACGAAAUCGUUCUGAGAGAUGGGACUGUCAUCACGAUCAGGAGCAAAGACGAGUACCUUUUCGUGGGCCCAAAGGAUCAACAGAUGGUAGUCAACUGCUUGCCUCUCUUCACGCCGAGACCGCAAAACCAACAGGGAGCAGGUGAUUCUGCCACUACUAGUGGUACUGAAAACGAAAAUGGGGGCAAGACGGAGAUGGAAGAAAAGUCAGAUGUACAGAGUUCAAUGCACGAGUUGAUGCACGAGCCAAGAAAGCAGGAACGCCGUCAAACGAAAGCAAUGAGAAGGUUUGUUCUCAAAAAGGCGACCUCUGCAGAGAAUCUUCUAAACACAGCAAGUGCCAGCCCCAAAAUAUCUGACAAGAAAAAGCGCUACUCGGAAGCUGAAGAUAUUCUCGACGCAAACACGAGAAACGGCGUCAAGGUUCAACGCAGCAUGUGGACCCAUUUCAACAGCAGUCCUCUGGCAAAUAGUCAGGUUGUGCAUCCCGAUAGUGUACUAGCUACAACAUCAACUGAACUAACUAAGGAAGGCAAUACCGAAGUAGAGAAAGGAUGGGAGGUGAUGAGAAAAGAGGAAAGCGAGGAGGUUAACACUGGGGGUGCGGGAAACCAGGACGAAGGUAGGGGAAAUGUACAACAAUCUUUCUCUGACGGAGGGAGCGAUGGGGAAGAAUCGAAGGAGAUGAGAGUAAGCUACAUCGACAAUCCCGAGCAGGUUCAGACUCUGAAGCGAUCCAGUGGCUCGGUCAGCUUCAUCGGGAGAGCUUCGUUUCUUCUCCGUGUGUCUACCUCACCACCUCCUCCCAGUGUAGAGGAGGACAUGACGGAGGAGGAGGGUGAAGGGAGGGAAGAGGAAGGAGAAGAAGAGGCCAGUGCUGCACCAGUUGUGGACUCUGCCCCUGUCAUGCAGGUGGUGGGGAGUGUAGAAGGUGAACGAGAGCGUGAGGGAGUGGAAAUGGCGGGAAGUGAGGGUAGAGGCAAUACGGAUGGGGCAGUAGAGAAAAUACCGCCAAGAGGAGACGAAGCUGGGGAAAAGAAUGAUGAAACUGAAAGUGAUGGAGACAUUCCGAAACGAAAACUUGAUGCUGACAAGGCAGAAUUGGGGUCCCACCCUCAGGAAGCAGCUGGAGGUGUUUCAGAGAAAGCCAGUCUCGUCCAUGCAACACUCGCCACCCCCACUGCACCUCCUCAGGCCUCUCCUGAUUUGGUUCCCCUCACUUCAAAUACGGUUCCCCUCACCUCGGUUCCCACAGUGCAGGCUGUUCAGCAACUCACAGCCUCGCCUCUCCCGCUGGCCCCCAUGACCUUUGAACCCGAGUUUAUUGAGCGAAGUGGUUGGCUUAUGAAGCUCAGCCACAGACGAGGUGUUUUUGGUGACAAGUGGCAGAAAAGGUACUUCGUGCUCCACGGAUCUUGGCUAUACUACUUCAAGAAAUAUGGGGAUUCCAUUCCUCGCGGAGCCAUCAGGCUCCACCCGAGAGCGUGGGUCAAGCCCAUCGCUCAGGGAACCGCCCGUCAGUCUGAUGCUGUUGCUAAGACCCCGCCCAACGCCAUUAUAUCAGUGGUCCGCUGUUUUGGAGUCCACAGACCUGACAACUUUGCCUCCUCACUCAGUACGGAGUAGCCGAGGUGUUCAGAAGCCAGACAAUCUCCGUCUCCAACUCCGACAGCUGUUCCAGAACAUUCUACAUGAUUGCCCCUAGCAACGAGGAGAGGAGCGCCUGGGUGGACGCCAUCCAAAACAACAUCCAAGCACAUGCGCUAUCAGAGUCAGCACUGGAAACUAGUUGCAAGGAAUUGCGCAACAUGCUGCGUGCAGUUCAAUCCUUCCCGCCUUCUAGCGACCUUUCACCUCUUCUCUCUCUCCUCCACACGAGGACAAGGGAACUUUUCCGUCGCCAUAGCAGCAGAAAAGAACAAUGAGAAUAUUUUUAUAACGUCGUUUAAUUAGCAUUAUAUUUAUGUACAUAUAUACAGCACGGAUAUAAAAAACAGUGG